UGCGGAUGGCCCAGAACCUGCGCCACGCCGUCACCUUCGUGGAACAGGGACACGUUCGCGUGGGGCCCGAGGUGGUGACCGACCCCGCUCUCCUCAUCCCCCGCGCCGUGGAGGACUUCAUCACUUGGGUGGACGCCUCUCGCCUCCGACAGAAAGUGCUCGACUACAACCAGGAGCGCGAUGACUUCGACCUGGCUGCCUAG